UCCUGCCCGAGUAGCCCAGCCCAGCUCUUCCUCGAGAGCAGUUCCCAUCAUGCUUCUGGUUUCCGGGCUCCUGAUUGGCUGAGACGGGACCUGAGGCAGCAGCAGACAUGCCGAGCCCUGGAACUGCGAGUGUCAGACCUGCUGAGAAUGGAAGCCAGAAGAAGAGGAGGGGCCCGGGGGCCUUGGCAACCGCUUACCUGGUCAUUUACAAUGUUGUCAUGACAGCAGGGUGGCUAGUUAUAGCAGUUGGGUUAGUGCGCACCUACCUCAACAAGGGCAGUUACCACAAUCUUUACUACUCCAUAGAGCGGCCUCUCAAGUUCUUCCAGACCGGCGCUUUGCUAGAGAUUGGCCACUGUGCGGUGGGGAUUGUGCCUUCAUCUGUGGUUCUGACAGCUUUCCAGGUGAUGUCACGAGUUUUCCUGACGUGGGCAGUGACGCACAGUGUGAAAGAGGUGCAAAAUGAGGACUCCGUGUUGCUGUUUGUUGCCGCCUGGACAAUCACAGAGAUUAUUCGCUAUUCCUUCUAUACCUUCAGCCUCCUCAACCACCUGCCUUAUAUCAUCAAGUGGGCCAGGUACACGCUGUUUAUUGUACUUUACCCCAUGGGUGUAACAGGGGAGCUGCUGACAAUCUACGCUGCGUUGCCAACAGUGAAGAAGACAGGUCUUUACUCCAUCAGCCUCCCCAACAAAUACAACUUCUCCUUUGAUUACUACACCUUCCUUAUCCUCGUCAUGAUAUCCUACAUCCCCAUCUUUCCACAGCUCUAUUUCCACAUGUUCCACCAGAGAAGGAAAGUCAUUACAACUGAGCACAAGAAAUCAGAUUAACUUGCACCCCAGAACCUGACCCCCUCCAUAUUUUCUUAGCUCCCUUUUCGUUAUCUUUCUUUUCCUCCGACCUUCAGAGACCCAUAUGCUGCAGUCAGUGAGCAAACAGUGUUACACAAGAGUAAAUGGAUCAGGUAACUGUGGUUCAGGAAUGGACUAACCCAAUGCUCUCACAAUUUGUUCAAUGGACAGACCCUGCCUCCUCUCUGAGCACUUGGCUCCUUCUGCCUUUUGUACCUGUCAGUUUCUUGCACCCGGCACUGACCGGCUGAAAUCUAAUUCCUUUGUGCAACCUGAGUUCAAAGCUUGUGUGGGGUCUGUGCAUGGGGAUCCUGGGCUGUGCCAGGGCAGCUUUGCCAGGGAGGUUACAUACCACAGUGUCUGUAAUUGGCUGGUACCUGGCUCCUCUCUUUAUCAGGGACAUUAGAAUGGGCCAAAGGCUGCAGCUGUGUGUGCAUUAACCCUGCCUGAGAGGUAGGUAGUACUGUGUUAAUAUCUCUUUAAAGGGCAUGUAAAGUCUAAAAUAGAAUAAGGCUAGAAAUGCUGUAUUUUGUAUACUAAAUAUAAACAUGAACUUACUGCACCACAAGCCUAAUCAAACAAAUAAUUUAUGCUUUCAAAGUUGGCUACAGGGGGUCACCAUCUUGUAACUUUGUUAAACAUCUUUGCAAGACUAAGACUGUGCACAUGCUCAGUGUGGUCUGGACUGCUUAGGGAUCGUCAUAAACAAAGCUGCUUGAGUUCUGCACGGCUGGGAAGUAAGGCGGGGGCUCCCCCUGCUGUUCAUAAGUAUGAUUGUUUCCCUGCUCAGCAGUUAGGGACCAUCUGACAAUUCCUAUCCACAGCAGUAAAUGAAGGGAGAAUUUCACUGCAUAUAGUCAGGUUUCUUAUAAAAACGGUACAUAUUUUUUAAUUAAAGUAUAUUGGAGAUUGGAGGUUUCUUUUUCAUUAAAGAAAGUAAAAAUGGGAUUUUAUUUUUUUGCCUUUACAUGCCCUUUAACUCUCUAAUGAUCUUUGUCAUUCAAAUGAAUAGUGAUUAAACCAGGUCCCUGGUUCUUAGUCUCUAUAGUCAGUUCUGUCCAGCAACCAUGGGGUGGCCCAGGGUUUAAAGGGGAACUGGCAAUGCUAAAUGUGUAUUAAUGGUCCUAAUGCUCAGCAGCAGGAAAUAGACCUGUGUCAGUAUAAAAACCAUUAGAAAUAAAAGGUUUAAUUAAGCAUCCCCAGCAGUUUCGCGGGUCUCUGUACCAUUUGCACUAUGCCUGUAACCCUGCCAGCCAGUAUUCGCCAAUCAUUUUCUGUCAUGCAAGGGCAGAAUCCCAUGGCAGAUCUACUUGACUCUAUAGAAACAUCACUGGAACUCACUGUGCCUGAUCCCUCAGUAAUGCUGCUCAUGGCGGGAUCCUUUAUAUAUUGAUUAAUACUCCCACGCUCUGACAUACCUCACUUACCCAGGGUGACCUGCACAGGCCGGCACUUUUGGGUGCACUUUUUCUAGGCCAAUGUGCUGAUGUGAUAAGCAGAGACAGAUUUGUUCUGUGCAUGGUUUGUUGUUGGCAGUAAAAGCAUGUGUCUAUCUGCCCACAUUCUCCCCAUCACUAAGGUUUAUUUGCCCUCAUGUGUAUGGGCAGGUCUCCCCACCAUUGAAAGGAACCGGUCACCCUAAAAUCGUCCCCUCCCCCCAAAUAGAGCCUGCAUUCCAAAUGGGGAAAUCGUUGUAUAUUUAAAAUAAAAUAAAAAAAUAUAGAUAGGUAGAUAAAAAGCCCCACAUGAGUCAAAUAUGUAGUAUAUUGACUGCCAAAUGGGAUUUAUACUGGGCCAUUCUGCAUUCUAAUUUCAGAAAGAUAAAUGUGCACUUAUUUCCUCCAGGAGUGGGACCACCCAAAGGUUUCUCAGGCUUAUUAGUAUAACAUCAUUUUUAUAGAAUUUGAGCUGGAAACGUGCAGUUUUGGGUACUGUGUCCCACCAUGUGAUACAUAGCAGUCUGGCAAGGCCCCUAUUUAUAAGAAAGAGAAAUCCAGGGAAGCAUCUGCUGUUUGUGCAUGUGACCUACUUAACAAUCAAUUGAGAUUUCUACUAAUUUACUAAUUUACUAAUUUGGUUCUGUGCCUCUUUGUGUAUGAUGGGAUCAAAUUGCUUGUGUUUUUACAUUUCCCUGAAUGGCUUGUAAAGGGCAAAUAAAGGAUUUUAUCAGUAAAUACACA